CUUAGAUUUUGUUGAUAACCGUUGAUGAUAAGGUACUUAGGAGCAAAAACAGGGCGGACUUGUCUUCUAUGAUCUCAUUUGAUCUCAUCUGAUCUGAUUCCACAACUUUAUAAUAAACAAAUGAGUAAUCCAGAUUAUCCACCACCAUCAUCAGGAACAUAUGCCUCAAAUACCAUAUACCCUCCUCCCCCACCAGGCUAUCCAUCAGUACCACCACAACCACCAUAUAAUAACGCAGGCUAUCCACCACCACAACCACCAACAUAUGCUGGUGUUUACCAAUACCAUGAUCCAUCCGUAGGAGGCCCGGUGACCGGAUAUUCUUAUCCGCCACCAUCACCUCAGCGUCCGGGUUAUCAAGGAUACUUUGCCCCUCAAAAUUACCCACCCCCACCUCAGCCACCACCUUACCAAGUUUAUCACUGUGAACAUGAAUGUUACGACGAUCACGAUGGCUGCUCUUCUUUUCUUAGGGGCUGUAUGGCUGCCCUUUGCUUCUGUUGCAUCUUAGAUGAAUGCUGCGGCUAUUAAAGAUAAUAUACAUUUGUUUGGUUUUGUAAGUUGUAUUUAGGUUAUUCGUUGUACAGUUUAAAUUAUUACUUUAAACAUAUGCAUUUGAUAUCUACCCGUAAAUUUGUUACUUCUGA